CCUUCGACGUAGCCGCAGGGUCGGCACCCGCGUCGUGGCAAAACGCCGCAGCAGCGCGCCACGAGCGGCAGCAUUCCCACGCAAGGAGCGAAAGCGCGUCCACGGGACAGCACCGGAGCAGUUCUCAUCCCGCCGAACCAUGGUGGCCAGUGCAAGGAGAGUGGAGCCAGACGUCGUCUAACUGCAUCUACGGGCAAUAUCGGGUACAGCUUCGGCCUAGAACGUCAUGCGGCAAGAGAACUCCGGCACCGCCAGCGGUCGCGCAGUCAACGGUGGCCCUCGGCUCCGGGACGCCGACCAGCCGACUCCACCGGGCGGCGAUAUUUCUUCGGAGGAGCCUCACCAUCCGCACGGUCCGCUGUGGUCCGGGCACCGCACUUUCCUAAGCAUUUACCGCGAUGACGACGGAAAGCUGUUCACACACCGCGAGUCCUCGUUCAAAUGCAACACCGGAGACGACGACAGCAUCGCUUGGCUCUGGAUGGUGGUGUGGUGCAAUUGCUUCAUCAUCAUGGGCCUCUCGCUGCAGGGAUUCAGCCUUCAUUCGCUGGCGUCACGUCACGGACUUACCUACUUCGACACUGGCUCCCUCUUCAGUGCAACUAAAGCCACAGCCAUAGUUGGGUCCUUACUCUCCCACAGCCUGAUGUCUGUCAUCUACCCGAGCCACAUGCUGGUGUUUGGAGUAGUAUUGAAAGCACUGGCUAUCGUUGCACUCGGAGCCCUGCACUGGCUUCCCGUCAACGAGACGGUGUUCAUGGCACUGGGAGCGACGAUCAAGUCCGUCGGUGGUGUGGGGCUCUCCCUGUACUUCACGGCCAUGUACAGCGUGCUCUUUUACAAGCAUCAGAGCUCUUACGUCGUGCCACUGAUCUUAUCGGAGGUCGCAGUCGGCAUUGGCGGUUUGCUGGGACCAAUACUGGGUUUCGAACUUAUUUCGGUGUGGAUCUACCCGCUUCCUUACUUCGCCGUCGGCGGCUGCAUGCUGCUCGGAAUCCUGAUCGCGGUCGCCCUGCCCCUGGACUCAUGCGUUCCCUUGGAGAAAACGCUCAAGUUGAGCUCUUGCAGCGCCAUCGCCUUCCUGGCCGAUGCCCGAGUGCUGGUCGACCUGGUCACGCUGGCCCUGGGAGGCAUCACCAUGGCUCACUUUGACACCACGCUCAUCGCACAUCUCACUUCCAUGAACGAGAGCGACCCUCGCGCCGACUACUCCUUCGCCGUCGUGUUCGGAGCUUACGCCAUCGGAGCCAUACUCUUCGGCGUCAUCACGGCGAAAUUCGAAGCCGACGCCCUUGUCAUUUUCAUUGCGCAACUGGUUUCCUGCGCGGCGUUCCUCUUCGUGGGUCCCGUGCAGUUCAUCCCGAUUCCUGCAAAACUUUGGCUUACGCGUCUUGGCAUAGGCCUCGCCGGUUUCGCUGCUGCGGGUCAGUUUCUGCCCGUGAUCGCCAGAGUUGUUCACAGCGCGACGUGGCGUAAUCAAUCCAGCGAUUUAUGGACUAUCACGGCAGCAGUCGCCGUUUCAUACGCUGCCUACCAACUGGGAGGUCUCGCAGCGUCGUUGUUUUCUGCUUACGUGGCUGAUGUCAGUGGCCCUGCAGCUGCCUGCACCGUUCUGUUUAUCAUACAGGCGUCAUGGGCCGUGGCCCGGUUCCUGGUCUGGAUAACGGAAUGCGCGAUGCACGCUCACGCAAGUCACAUUUCCUGAAGCACGUCUGCUAUUACGAGGCCUAUACAUCUGCCCGCCAUCUCAAUGCUUCAUCCACGGACUAUCAUCAUCUGAGUGCCUAGUAGCGUUAUCGUCGUUUCCUCGUUCUUUAUCAUGCUCGCAACAAUCUUCCGCGCACUUGUCAAUAAAGCUUGAGAAUUAUCUGCGA